AUGCACGCGACGAAGGACGUCGCCGAGACGAGCUCCCCCGCGGCUCCGCGCACGGCGGCGCCCAGGUCCGUGGACGCGGCGGAGGUCGAGGGCGCGAAGGAGCAGGCCUCCAGGCUGUGCGGCUACUUGAACAAGCUGACCGGCAAGGGGCCGCUGCGGGGCUACAAGCCGCGGUGGUUCGUGUACGAAACCCGGAGGUGCUACUUGUUCUACUCCAAGACUCCGCAGGAUGCGCUGCCGCUCGGCCACAUCGACGUCGGCGACGCGUGCUUCAGCUACGACGUGGAGGGGGAGGAGGGUCAGUUUGAGAUCCGCACGGCGAGCAGGGAGUUCAGCCUGAAGGCGCCCAACAAGCAAGCGAUGCAUUACUGGCUCCAGCAGCUGCAGCAGAAGCGCUGGGAGCACAACAACAGGCGCCUCUCCUCCGGCCAGAGGCUCAGCUGGAGCUCCCCGAACGCGGCCCACCCCGGCCUGGUGGGCAAAGACUACGACGCCUUCGGCUUCGAGAACCCGAGCGACGGCGUGGAGCAGGUCCGCAGCGACUUCGCCAUGGAGGCCGAGGCGGGCGGCGCGGGGGCGCAGCCGGGCAGAGGGCCGCCGGCGGGGGCCGCGCACCCCCUCAACUUCUCCAUCAGAAACCUGGGCACCGAGCUCAGGAACUCCAUGUCGUCCCUGCGGUCGGGCAGAGGGGCCGAGGGCCGACGCAGCGUGUUCUACACCAGCAGCAGCAGCAGCGGCGGCGGCGGCAGCGUGGAGGAGUGGGAGCUGGUCGACGCUCCGCCCAAAGACCUUCCUGAGCAGAAACCGCACCUCAACGCGCACAGACAUUCCUUCGGGUCGGCGUUCACUUUCGACUUCGCGCGCAACCCCUCCCGCCAGAAGAAGCCCGCGCUCCUGAACGCGGCCGCCCCCGGGAGGUCGGGACGCGGCCCGGAGCCGCGCAGCGCCGCCUGCUCCCCGGUGGAGUGCAACGGCAGCAGGUCGCCGGAGACGCAGCUCCGCCUCGAGAGCCAGCGGGAGGAGCUGGGCCGCAUGCAGCAGGAGCAGGCCGAGCUCCGGGAGGAGCUGGCCGGUCAGAAGGAGCUGGUUCGACUCCUGCAGCAGACUCUCAGGACGUCCCAGUGCGAGCGGCCGGCGCCGCGCCGCCCGGCCUCGGCGCCGGGUUCGCCCGCGCCCUCGGACCAGACGCAGGCGCCGGCGGGUGCCCAGGAAGAGGCCGCCCGCUUGGGCGCCCUGCUCGAGGAACGGGACGCGCAGGUCCAGUCCCUGUGUGGCCACAUGGAGCGCCUUGCCUUGGAAAAAGACAGCCUGCAGCAGGAACUGAAGGGCCUGAAGAUCAAGGUGGGGGAGAUCAAUGACCAGCUGGGAAUGCUGAUGGAGACCAUCCAGGCGAAGGAUGAGGCCAUCAUGAAGCUGUCGAAGGAGAGCACGGAGCAGAGCGGCAACUCGAACGACGCCGCCUCCACAUCCCCUAUCAAAGAUCAGCAGGAGGUGGACCUGCUCAAGGACAGUCUUCAAGGCUACAAAUCCCAGAACAGUUUCCUGAACAAAGAGAUUCUGGAGCUGACAUUCCUGCGGAGAAACUCAGAGAACAGAGAAAAAGCUUUAGAAGCAAAGUGCACGUCCCUGGAGGCCAAGCUGUGUCAGGUGGAGAGCAAGUAUCUGGUGCUGCUUCAGGAGGUGAAGACUCCGGUGUGUUCGUCGUCGGAGAAGAGCCCCGCGCACGACGUCAUCUCCAGGUUGUUGGAGGACGCCCUGCAGACGGAGAACUCGGACCAGCAGGAGCACCCGGUCUUAAAGCCGAGCACCGUGAGUGAGUAUGAUGCGUACGGCUUCAAGACGGUGCCCGAGGAAGAGGAGGAGGAGGAGAAGCUGGUCGCGAAGGUCCGAGCCUUGGAGCUGAAGUCGCUGUCCAUGACGGACCAGGAGGUGUCUGUGGGGGUGAAGUGGGAGAACUUCCUGGCCGGGACCAUCAACCGGGACCUGGUGCGCUCCCCCGAGCUCAAGGCCCUCGUCCGCUGCGGCAUUCCCCACGAGCACCGCUCGCAGGUGUGGCGCUGGUGCGUCUCCUUCCACGUCAAGAAGUUCCGAGACAAACUGCCUCCGGGCUAUUAUGAGACCCUGCUAAACGUGGCCCGGGGGAAACCCAAUCCGGCCCUGAAACAGAUCGAGCUGGACCUGCUGCGUACGUUGCCCAACAACAAGCACUACGCCUCCCCCGGCGCAGGCGGCAUCCAGAAGCUUCGGAACGUCCUGAUCGCCUUCUCGUGGAGGAACCCAGACAUCGGCUACUGCCAGGGACUAAACAGGCUGGCGGCCAUCGCUCUGCUCUAUUUGGACCAGGAGGAUGCGUUCUGGACCCUCAUAGCCAUCGUGGAGGUCUUCAUGCCCAGAGACUAUUACACCAAGACUCUUCUGGGCUCACAGGUGGACCAGCGCGUGUUCAAAGACCUCAUGAGCGAGAAGCUGCCCCGGCUCCACGCCCACUUCGACCAGUACAAGGUGGACUUCUCUCUCAUCACAUUCAACUGGUUCCUGGUGGUCUUUGUGGACAGUGUGGUGAGCGACAUCCUCUUCAAAAUCUGGGACGCCUUCCUGUACGAGGGUCCAAAGAUCAUAUUUCGCUUCGCCCUCGCUCUCUUCAAGUACAAAGAGGAGGAGUUCCUGAAGUUGCAGGACUCCACGGCCAUAUUCAAAUACCUUCGUUACUUCACGCGCACAAUCCUGGAUUCGAGGAAGCUGAUGAACAUUGCGUUCGGGGACAUGAACCCGUUCCCCCUGAGGCUGAUCCAGAACCGCCGCGCCGUCCACCUGGAGAAGGUCCGUCUGGAGCUGACGGAGCUGGAGGCCAUCAGGCAGACCUUCCUCAGGGAGCGAGAGACGAGUCAGGACGGACGCAGCUUCGUCAGCGACGACGAGGAGGAUAAUUAAGCUCCACCGCGUUGCAGAGAUCGUCUUCGCGAUGCUUUACUAUAGGGAUUCAGCACGGUGCCGAUCUUUGCAUCAGCACCGGCGCAAACGACUUUAUGCAAACAUUCCAUCAGGACCAAGCAUUACAGACCAAAUGGGCUUCUUUCAGUAUUCCAGCCAAUAUUUUCCAAAUGCCUUAUUAUCUGUGUUUACACAGCAGUGUCUUACGGCUCAUCAUCCUCCAAAGCCAAACUCAACAUUUUUAGCCCGAAUAAGUAUUUUUACCACAUUAGCUGUAUUGUGUGUUUUAUACAUGUGGCAACGAUUGCCGGCUGAAGGAAUGAUUGUAUUGAUAUUACUUUUGUUUUCAUUAGCUUCCUACCUUUCUGUUUACGUAAGCUCGCGACUCCACCUGCUGUAACUGAUUGAGCAGAAAGCCUCAGUCUGUGGCACAGCGGCUGGACUGGACCCAAUGGAGUGGCUCAUGGCUGUGCUUCCACUUUACCACUUGAUGAUACAUACUCUAUUCAACAUGCUGCAUCUCGAUGCACUUUUUCAUGCUGAAAUUCCACUUUGCUGAACGUCUUAGAGCCUCAUCGCCACUAUGCAGGAAAUUGUGCCUAUUCCAGCCCUAUAGUGUUUAUGGGUUGAACAGAAUCAAAGAUAGAACGUUGGAACGACUAGUACGUGUUUGUCUCACCUAGAGGUGUAAAGAGGAAGCCAUUGUAUGGUGGCCACUGAAGCCCUUUAAAAUCAUACAGGUUAUUCCAGUUUUGCCAAAUUAUUACAAGUAUAACUCCAUAUCUUAAAUGUUUUAAGGACAUAUCUGAAAUGUAUUUUGCACCUUUAUAUUUACCCUAAACUUUAUAUUACACCAUAUCUUUUGCAGAAUGUCCAACAUUGGCUUCAAAACAUCAGCGGGUCCCUGAAAAUAUACAUUCUGUCCUCUGUGUUUUAUUAGCCCUUAAACCGUCCUGCCUCAGAUUACUGCUCUUAAAUAUGUUGUUUUGUUUCAGUUUCCUAACUUUCUCAAGCAGAGGCCUUGUGUAUUAGCAUUGAUUGUCCUCAGUGUGGCAGUAUAACACUUAUCUGUUUACGCUCCCUCCCACUCACCCCCCACAUGGUUUCAUGGUUGUAGCUUUUCAUCAUGAAAUGUGUGUGGGGAUGACGUGAGUAAUCUUCAGGGAGGUUUGUGAGACAUUCCUCAACAUGUGUAGCAACGUGUUCGUGUCGUCUUCAUCCACGUACUUGGGGGCAACACUUACUCAGCACUGUGACAAUCUAGAAUCUAGAAGCGAAACGAGGACGUUCGCCCUCACUGAGGAAUCGUGUGCCCUGUUGUGAUUUUCCUUGUUUACAGAGAUUUCGCUCCUUAGGUACAAAAUCAACCAGCUUCCUCUGCCGCAGUCAUUCUACACAAACGUUUCGUUUCCCUCAUUUGUUGCAAGCUGAACUUGCGAGCACGUUUUCCUGUUUUAAUACCUGUAAACGAAAACAGUGCGGCUUGAUUUGUUUCACCGUGAGAGAGCGGGUCUCUCUAGAAUCAAAGCGGUCACGCUCCGUCAGUCAUUUCGCCGAGGGGCUCAUACACUUGAUUUCAAGGUUAUCCUGUUGUUAUAACGCUGCUGUUCAUGCAUUUUGUGUCUGUUACUUUAUUUCCUUACCAAAUAAGCUACUUUCUUUUUCUUCGAGCUUUCCCUGCAGUUUAUUGCACAGAUGUUUGCAGAAUACGGGCACUUUUGAUUCCUUUUCGUACCUAAACCUCUAUAUCCAGUUCAGUGUUACUGUGUAUCUUUAUGGGCUGUAUGUUACAGAGGAAAGUCUGCACCACUUUAUGUUUUGUAACGCCACUUAUAUGAAAGCUCCAAUAAACAGGCUGGUUGACUCAA